AUGUCGUCGCCAUUGACCAACGUCAGGGUCUUUGUACAGUGGACGGAGCAGACGGUCUUUGCCGGCGAGGAUAUCGAAUGCGAAAUCACCUUCAAGAACAUUGCAGCAACGCCUACUCCUACACCACCUCGCGCAUCUUUGCAUCCGCACACUGCACUGGGAAAUGGAUUUGCACCGGCAGGAGGUCCAGAUAGGCAGAGGCAAACCCCCAUCAUACAAACUAAGAACAGUUCUGCGUCGAGUCCGCGCCGGUCCCAAUGGGCGAACAAAGGCCAUAGGAGUACCUUAUCCUUGAAUGUCCCUGCGAGUUCUGCUCGGCCACAGCCCGCCCCUGAUGCGUGGAAUGCCACACCGAGAAGUGGUGGGAAUGGAGGGAAGGGCCACCAUCGCUCGGUUUCGGUUCUAUCUAUAGGGGCCAGCGACAAAAGUAUACUUGGUGAUACUUCUGGCUAUGGUAAUACAACUGAGAGACCACGGGGUCCAAAAAGGCAUGGACGCUCAGCCAGCUUGCACAUAGUUCCGCGCAGACAGGGCGUUAAUGGAGGUCCCCCUUCUGCUCCCGCUGGCCAGCGGUCCUCCACUCACCCUUCACCCCUCCUCGUCUCAUCCUUCGCGUCAUUAGGUAGAGAACAUGACUUGCCCGACAGACUCUCGAAGCGCCAGUCCGGUGCGCAUACGGCACCGAACACACCAAAUAUUGGCGGACCUACUGCCGGACCUUCUACUGCAAGGCGGAAACCUUCAGAAUCGUUUCCGCGGGGGUUCAAAUUCCCGUCUAUAACGUCACCGUCUACAGAUGCUAGAGCUGGUGAUAAUAUUAAUGGAGGCGGAGCUCAUAAUCCCCAGGAGAACGCUCAGUUGCUUUCUCCGAGGCCGAAGGAGGCGCAUUCAGACAUGUCCAACCAUCCACCUCAAGUUGCACGGGUCCUUUCACCUGCCAGUAUGCUAGGAACACCGCGGAGUAGCGGAGAAUUUUAUUCUCUAAGCAACAAUUCUACCGAGACCCUUGCCUCGGAGUACGUGUCUCAGCCAGCCGGACGCGCACCCUUAUACGCAGGCCAUUCGAGAAGACCCUCGAGUUUAGUACCUGUGAAUCACCAUCGACCUCCAGAAACGCUAAUGAUGGGUUACGCACAAGUUUAUGGAUCUUUUACCUUAGAUGGUUCAUUGAUUAGCCAAGCGCCAUUUGAGGAAGUUAAGAGAAAGGGCGCGGUUGGUGGACAAGGAGGUGGUGUAAUUGGAGUCGAAACUAAUAAACGGGAUAGCGGGCUCCUCCGCGGAUUUGGUUGGGGUAAUAUUGGAGAAUCCCUCGGUGGGCUUUUGGGAGGCGGCGAACUCAGUAGUAUGAAAGAGAUGCGAGGCAUUGCUGGUUCCCGGUCAAUACCUGUUCUUUCCACCCCGCAAUCCAUUUUGUUCGUCGACCUUAAACUGGCACCUGGAGAGAGCAGGAGCUACAAAUACGCUUUCAAACUUCCUCGUGGCUUACCUCCCAGUCAUCGUGGAAAAGCUAUCAAAAUUUCGUACAAGCUAAUCAUUGGUACCCAAAGGCCCGGUGGUGCUAAGGAGCAGCAAGUGAGGUCUGUGGAAGUUCCGUUCCGCAUCCUAGGAAGCGUGAAUAGCCACGGGGAGGUUCUCGGCCAUGACUUGAUGUCACCAUAUAUCAUUCUACGUGAUCAGGCCCGCGUCAAAGUUAUGGACAGUCCGCCAACCUCAGCCCUCUCAUCGUCGACGACCUUGGAAAUCAAGGCCACUGCAAAAGCAGCCCAGUCAACCCUGGGUGACUUCAUGUCAUAUGUCGACGAAUUAAUUUCAAGGCCACGGCAGAACUCAAGCCUUGGAUUAUUGUCUCCGACUGAAGGAAGAGAUCGGCGUCAGUCAUUGCUUGCUGAACCUGCAACUGCGAAAGAAGCUAUAGAUAUGGCAAUUCUGCGGAGUAAUAUCACGACAGAAUCGCAGCAAAGUGCAAACAGAUUUGAAAUCGCUCGCAGCAGGAAACGGGUAGCUGUUGUUAUGCUCGCAAGGCCGGCGUACCGUUUGGGCGAGGCUAUCACAGCUGUUGUUGACUUUACUGACGCAGAAAUUCCGUGCUAUGCGAUACAUAUGGCACUCGAAACGUCUGAGAAGGUUGAUCAUGCGAUUGCGUUACGUUCUGAGGCCAGUAUACUCCGUGUAACUCGUAAGGUACAUGUAUCUCACUCAGAAUCCACCCUUUUCGCCCGAAGAGUUGUAUUCUCUCCCACAAUACCAACAUCAGCAACACCAGAGUUCAUUACCAGUGGAGUCGGUUUAGAGUGGCGAAUCCGCAUUGAAUUUGUCACUCCACGGCUGUCGUUUGGGGACAACGAGGUCACUCCAGUGAAAGAAGAUCUAUUAGAAGAAAUCACGAGGGACGAUAGAGGGACAGCCCUUGCUCCUGCUGAGGUCUUGGACUGUGAGAGCUUCGAGAUAGCUGUCCCUAUUAAGGUAUAUGGUGCGUUGGCGGGGAAUACAGAGCAUGAUGAGGCUCUGACAAAUGGACUUGUAGUAUAA